AUGGCCGCAGCAGCAGCGGUGUCCAAGGGCGACAACACAAAAAAGUCGGUCCCCUCCAAAACACCCUUCUCAACCUGGUUCAUCCGCUUCCUACCAGCAAUCAUCUUUGCAUCCUAUGUCUAUUCCACACGGGGGCCCUUCCAGUCCCGAGCCUGCCUUGCCUUUGGUUACAACUGUCGAACCUUUGACCCUCUCAAUGUCCAGGGAACCAUUGACGCCGACCGAUCUGAGAUCUAUGGCCCCGUAACAGACUAUUAUUCCAGCCUCUUCACAAGCCACGAGGAUCUUGGAGGAUCACUUGCAGUCUUUGUCGAGGGCAAACCCGUCAUCGAUAUCAUUGCCGGAUCCAAGGAUCUCGAGGGUCGUGUUCCCUACGACAACCAGACCCUGCAACAGGUUUACUCUUCGGGAAAGGCGGUCGAGGGUAUUGUGAUCGCCCGUCUGGUCCAGAAGGGUCUCCUUGACUAUGAGACCAAGGUCAGCCAGUACUGGCCCGAGUUUGCGCAGAAUGGUAAAGAAAACGUUCGUCUAGUCGAUGUGAUGGCCCACGAAUCCGGAGUCUUUCAUCUCGACGACGACAAUUGGGACCUUACCUGGGCUUCCCUCCAGGACAAAGAAGCCUUCUCGGCACGACUGGCCAAGCAGGGACACUACUUUGGAGGAGAUAUUAAGCGCGCCUACCAGGCCAUCAGUCGUGGAUGGUACUUGAACGAGAUUGUCCGCCGCGUCGACCCUCAGGCCAGGACUAUUGGCGGCAUCGCCAAGGACGAGCUUAUGGUUGAUUACCCUGACCUCGAACUGCACUACGGCCGUUUUGACAACGAUGAUGACUGGGAGACCAGACUGUCGCCCAUGGUUGAAUAUCCGGUUCUCAAGAUCGUCGCUCGUCUGCUCCUUCCCCGAUUCCUCCAGAUAAACGAGUACAUUGGUCACCCCGACAUUGAGCCUCUUCAUCCGCUUGUCGGCCAAUUGGUCCGCAAGUGGUCCAUCUCCUCAAAGGCCCUCACUCCUAGAAUGGCCCCCUUUGCCAAAGACUUUCGAACCAAGCAGGCCCAUGCCGUCGAGAGCACCAGUUUCUCUCUCAAAACCAAUGCCCACUCGUUGGCAAAACUCAUGGCCAUGAUGGCAAACAAGGGCGCAUCCCUCCACCCAGGACAAGAGCCCGACCUCCUCACCGCCAAAGUCUACACCGAGGCAACAACUUACCACUCCUCCCGCCCCUGCAUCAUCACCCACGAUGUCCUGCCUCUCUCCCGCGGAGGCUGGGUCAAACAUCGGAAUUUCCAUGGCGACGGAGCAUUGAAGGGCGUUGAGGUCCAAGGAUGGGGCGGGGCAGGAGGUUCCUUGGCACUGUGGAUCGAGGACCUCGAUAUUGGCUUCUCAUAUGUCACUAAUGCCUUUGGUGCUGCCGAGAACAUUCUGGGCGACUUUAGAGGAAGGACCUUGUUGGAGAAGGUUGUCUAUGCCCGUAAAAAGGAACUGGGUCUCCUUCCUUGA